UACAAACAAUCAAACAGAGGACUUUAUGGUGGUCUACGCGUCCAAGUGGGAAACAAUGUUUCCGACAAAACAAAAACAAAAACUCGCAGGACAUGGUAUCCGAACAUCGUACGAAAAAGAUUGUUCUCGGUGGCAUUGAAUCAACACAUUCCCUUGAAGGUAGCAGCCCGCGUCAUAAGGACAAUAGAUAAGGUUGGCGGUCUAGACGAGUACCUGCUCGGAGACAAG